UGCAGGUGGUCACGCGGCGACAGGUCGGCCAGACGCGGCAGACUCCUCCUCCUCUGCGCCACUCGAACCGCUCCGGAGAGCUCCGGCGGCGACUUGCGGUGCCGUCGCUGGCUGCGUCGCUGGCUGACCACAAUGAACCACCUUCAGCUGAGCACGGCGUCUGUUCUGCUGGCGGGCCUUCUCAUCGGCUGUGCAGGCAGAGUGCCAGGGAAUCAGCAUAAGGUGGUCUGCUAUUUUCAAAGCUGGGCCGUCUACAGGCCCGGCAAAGGCAUAUUUGACGUGGAAAAUAUCGACCCUCACCUGUGCACCCACUUAAUCUACGCCUUCGCCGGCGUCAACGACAGCAACCACAAAAUCAUGUCUUUGGAUCCGGAGAAUGACUUCAGCGAUGACGGUGGAAAAGGAGCAUAUGUCCGUUUCACAAACCUGAAGAAGAUAAAUCCGGACGUGAAGACCCUGUUAGCCGUCGGAGGAUGGAACGAAGGAUCCAAGAAGUUUUCGCAUAUGGCGUCCAGUGCGGGAAACCGUAAGGCAUUUAUUGACAGUGUGAUGGAGUACAUGGACAAGUUCAAUUUUGACGGACUUGACAUCGACUGGGAAUACCCCGGACAGAGGGGAGGCUCACACAACGAUAAGGCCAAUUACGGACUGCUGCUGAAGGAACUGCGAGAAGUUUUCGAUCCGAAAGGAUACCUCAUCACUGCGGCCGUUCCGGCGGGAAAAGACAGCAUUCAUAGGAGCUACGAUAUCCCAACGUUACAAAAAUAUCUCGACUUGAUCAACAUUAUGGCGUACGACUACCACGGUACCUGGGACCCCUUCACGGGCCAUGUGGCUCCCCUGUAUGCGUCCCACCUGGACAUACAGCACGGCAAUGGCUUUCAGUUCUUCAAUGUGAACUACACUGUCCACUACUAUUUGGACGGCGGCGCCGACCCCUCCAAGGUUGUCGUGGGCAUUCCCUUCUACGGGAACGGCUUCAAGCUGCGAAGCCCUAGUCAGCACGGCCUGUACGCGCCCAUCAGCGGCCCUAUGCCCGGUUGUCCGUACACGGAGGAAGACGGUGACUGCGGCUAUUACGAGCUGUGCGAGCUAUACUUCACCAAGCCCGGCUGGACGCACGUACACGAUGACGAGCAGAAGACCAUCUACAGCUACACAGACGAGGUCUGGAUCGGCUAUGACGACCUCGCCGCUAUCAAGGUCAAGUCGGAGUUUAUCCGGCGCACCGGCCUGGCCGGCGCCAUGGUGUGGGCGAUAGACCUGGACGACUCGCGCGGCGUCUGCAACCUCGGCUCCAAGUUCGCCCUGCUGACGGAGCUGUGGCACCAGAUGAACGGCGAGCUGCCCUCUACCACCCCCGGGCCGACAACCACGCCCGGUCCGACCACCACCCCUGGUCCGACCACGACGCCUGCCCCGCCGGACCACGUGUGCAAAAAGCCGGGUCUCAACCCUGACCCGGACAAGCUGUGCUCCCCAAUAUUCUACGAGUGCGUCAAAGACGGGGACACGUGGGAAGCCACUCAGUUCCUCUGUGGAGAUGGAGCCAUUUUUGACCGGGUCAAGCUCGUCUGUGUGUGGCCAGGAGACUCAGACGAGUGCAAAAACACCCCAGCGCCACCUGCUCAGUAGAGACCACAGUGACAUCUAUGAGCCUCCAAACUUCAAUGAUUCUUCCAAUAUCACGCACCUAUGAAGCCUUUGAGUUGCAUGGUGUGCCGCGCUGCCCUGUCCGCAGCGAAUUUGUGUUUUCCAGGAUCGAACCUUU